GGGCCGGAAGCGCGCGGGCAGCAGGACAUUGACGGUCAGAGCCUGAGGGGGUCCGGUGCGCCAUGCUGCAGCUGCUCAGAGCCGGGCUGGUGCUGGGGUCCCGGCGGCGUCAGGGCUCGGCGCUGUUGUGGCAGCAGUUUCUCUUGAACGGCUGCAGACAGUGUUCUUCAGGAAUCAUUCCCAAUGAGAAGAUUCGCAAUAUUGGAAUCUCUGCUCACAUUGACUCUGGGAAAACGACAUUAACAGAACGAGUCCUUUUUUACACUGGGAGGAUAGCACAGAUGCAUGAGGUAAAAGGUAAAGAUGGAGUUGGGGCUGUCAUGGAUUCUAUGGAGCUGGAACGACAGCGCGGUAUCACAAUUCAGUCUGCAGCAACAUAUACCAUGUGGAAGGACACCAACAUCAACAUCAUAGAUACACCAGGGCAUGUGGACUUCACAAUUGAAGUGGAACGAGCUUUAAGAGUUCUUGAUGGAGCUGUCCUGGUGCUCUGUGCUGUUGGAGGAGUCCAGUGCCAAACAAUGACCGUGAACAGACAAAUGAAGCGUUACAAUGUCCCAUGUUUAACAUUCAUCAACAAACUGGACAGAAUGGGCUCAAAUCCAACCAGAGCUGUGCAACAAUUAAGAUCCAAGUUAAAUCACAAUGCAGCCUUUAUCCAGAUUCCCAUUGGCCUGGAGGGAAAGUUCAGGGGGCUUAUUGAUCUCCUUGAGCAAAGGGCUAUAUACUUCAAUGGUGACUUUGGUGAGACCAUUAGAUACAAUGAAAUCCCAGCUGAAUUUAGAGUAGAGGCUACAGAAAGACGACAGGAACUGAUUGAAUGUGUUGCUAACUCAGAUGAACAACUGGGGGAGCUGUUUCUGGAAGAGAAGAUCCCUACAGUUACUGAUUUAAAGCUUGCAAUCAGAAGAGCAACACUGAAAAAGUCCUUUACGCCUGUACUUGUGGGAAGUGCUUUGAAGAACAAAGGAGUGCAACCCCUGCUGGAUGCUGUCUUAGACUAUCUCCCAAAUCCAUCUGAAGUCCAGAACUAUGCUAUUCUCAACCAGGAGGAUUCUGAGGAUAAAACCAAACUUCUGCUGAACUCAGUCAGAGAUGACUCUGCGCCUUUUGUAGGUCUGGCUUUCAAACUGGAGGCUGGCCGUUUUGGGCAGCUAACGUACAUUCGAGUUUAUCAGGGGAUGUUGAAGAAAAGUGACUACAUUUACAACACCAGGACAGGGAAAAAGGUGCGAGUGCCGAGACUGGUUCGCAUGCAUGCAGACUCGAUGGAGGAUGUAGAUGAAGUUUAUGCAGGAGACAUAUGUGCAUUGUUUGGAAUUGAUUGUGCUAGUGGGGAUACAUUCGCUGAUAAAACCAGUACUGACAUUUCCAUGGAAUCGAUUCACGUCCCUGAACCUGUCAUUUCAGUAGCCAUGAAGCCUUCCAACAAGAAUGACCUAGAUAAAUUUUCAAAAGGCCUGAACCGGUUUACAAGAGAAGAUCCUACCUUUAGAGUCCACUUUGACAAUGAGAGCAAAGAGACAAUCGUUUCUGGAAUGGGAGAACUGCACUUGGAAAUCUAUGCUCAGCGAAUGGAAAGAGAAUAUGCUUGUCUUUGUACCAUGGGAAAGCCUAAAGUUGCCUUUAGAGAGAGCAUAACAAAACCUGUACUGUUUGACUAUACUCACAAGAGACAGUCUGGUGGGGCAGGCCAGUUUGGUAAAGUAAUAGGGUGUCUACAGCCUCUGGAUCCAGAGAACUACACGCAGUUGGAGUUUGAAGACAGAACUGUUGGAACAAACGUCCCAAAGCAGUUUAUACCUGCUGUUGAAAAGGGAUUCCGUGAAGCGUGUGAAAAGGGUCCCCUGAUAGGUCACAAGAUUUCUGGAGUUCGGUUUGUCCUAGAAGAUGGUGGACAUCACAUGGUGGAUUCUAAUGAAUUCGCUUUCAUCCGAGCAGGAGAAGGGGCCCUCAAACAAGCUGUGGAAAAUGCAACUCUGUGUAUACUUGAGCCCAUUAUGUCUGUGGAAAUUGUAGCACCGAAUGAAUUCCAAGGAGCUGUGAUUGCUGGAGUUAAUCGUCGUCACGGAGUGAUCACAGGACAAGAUGGAAUAGAUGGCUAUUUCACUUUGUAUGCUGAUGUGCCACUGAAUAAUAUGUUUGGAUACGCCACAGAACUGAGAUCCUUCACAGAGGGAAAGGGUGAAUAUACAAUGGAAUACAGUAGAUACCAGCCAUGUUUACCUAGUGUUCAAGAGGACCUAAUUCACAAAUACCUAGAAGCAACAGGACAACUUCCCGUGAAAAAGGGCAAGGCCAAGAGCUGACUUGCCUCCUCCUGAGUGUUAAUUAGUAGCUUUCACAAUCUUCUGACAAACUCUUUCUCCUGCAAAGCUCUGUAACCUCAGUGACUCAACAUAUCCAGGGCGAAUAGCCGAAUUCAGACUGUAUCAGGACCUAAUCUUUAUUAAAAGCUCCUUUCUUUAUGAUACAUUCAGAAGUUACCGGCGAUCACGGCUGAAAUGGUCACAUACAAAUUCGGUUCAUUAGCAAAAAAAUCUAUGUUUAAUUAUAAUAAUCAUUUGUCUUUGAAUUUUUUGUUUUAAAGCACUUGUAUUAAAAUGAUGAUAUAGUCAUUAUUUUAUUUUGUUACUUGGGAAAUACGAUACUGUGACUAUUGUGCCUCUAUUUUGAAUCCUCCAGGAUCCCGAUUCAGAGGACUAAAUUUAUACAGCUUGAUGGGCAUCAGGUGGAUGAAUUCUUACCCAAUAGAAUGAAAUUUGCCUUUGAAGGCUGCUCCCAAACCGAUCCCUUUGCUUCUGCAAGUCACUCAUUAGCAAUAUGUGAUUUCAGGAAGUGAACAUAGAUAUUUAUUUUACUCUGAUUCCAAAACAAAAUUCUAAGAUCUUCCAAAGUCAUAAAUAAUUCGUCAUCCAAAUUUAUCUGUCAGUGCAAUUUGCUGCUCACCCGCACUGCUCAGGACAGAUGAGCCCACUAGAGUGAAUUUGAAAAACAUUGCCCGGGAUUUAGGAUUAUACCAGCCUUAAAUAGAAUUAAAGUGAAUAUCCUUCAUAAAC